UCUUCCCACACCAUCUGGGCAUCCUUAUGUGUGAGGUAUUCGAGUCGAGAACGAGAAACUCUCUAAGCACACGCCAAGUUCUUCUACCCGGCAAUCGUUUGUUUCCUUGCUCUGGUUCGGUCUUCAAUUUGAUUCGAAAUUUCAAGUAGGAAGAAAAAAGAAUCUGAAGCAAAGAUGUCGAUCAUUCCGAGUAUCUUCGGUGGCCGAAGAAGCAAUGUCUUCGAUCCCUUCUCUCUCGAUGUUUGGGAUCUGUUCAAGGACUUUCCCUCAACCAGUGCUCUGUCCUCCCCUCAGUUCUCAAACAAAACAGAGGCUUUCGCGAAUGCCCGCAUCGAUUGGAAGGAGACCCCAGAAGCCCAUGUCUUCAAAGCCGACCUUCCUGGACUCAAGAAGGAGGAGGUGAAAGUCGAACUGGAGGAAGGUAGAGUCUUACAAAUCAGUGGAGAGCGCAGCAGAGAACACGAGGAGAAGAAUGACAAGUGGCACCGUGUUGAACGCAGCAGCGGCAAGUUCCUUCGUCGGUUCAGGUUGCCGGAGAACGCCAAGGUGGACCAAGUGAAGGCGGCCAUGGAGAAUGGGAUUCUUACUGUAACUGUCCCUAAGGAAGAGGUGAAAAAGCCGGAAGUCAAAGCUAUUGAAAUCUCUGGUUGGAAUUAGAAUGAGUACUGGUAGAAAAUGGGCUUCAACGGUGUCUUGUUUGCAUUUUCCAGAGAUGGUUUAAAUUUUUGUAAAUUGUAUGAAACAUUAAUUAAUCAAAUAAUGAACUAGAUUUGGCAUUGUAAAAACUAAAAAGAGCUCUUAUUCUUUUUGAAAAUGUUAUUUUUCUGAUGAAAUCCUUGGCCCUCUUCUUCA